AGGAAUGAUGGCAUUGGAUACAGUCUAAAGGACUUAACUGAGUUGGGAAUUCGCUGCGACCUCCAACAUGCCGUCCAAGCCUGCCCCGAUCAAGAAGGCGGCCAAGAAAGAACCAGAGAAAAAAGAGGAGGAAAAAGCCCCUGAGCCGGCUCCCGAACCCGCUCCCGUGGAGGAAGCCCCCGCGGAGGCCCCAGCUGAGGGAGAGGCGCCUGCUGAGGGCGCUGCCCCUGCCGAGGCCACAGAGGGCGCUGCUCCAGCUGCAGAGUCAGAUGCUCCUGCUGAUGGGGAAGCUCCUGCUGAGGCACCUGCACCAGAGCCUAAGCCACCCACUCCACCUCCUCCUCCCAAAGAGCCCACAAGUGCCCCUGUGGAUCUGUUUGUUGAAGAUAAAAAUGACAAUUCAGUGACCAUCAUUUGGAGCCAGCCUGAGACCAUUGGGGACUCUGGUCUGGACGGAUAUGUCAUUGAAGUUUGCAAGGAUGGAACUGAGGACUGGAAAGCAGUCAAUGAGGAUCUGCAGAAGUCCAGUCGCUACGUCAUCAAGAACCAGACCACCGGUGACCGCCUGAAGAUCCGUGUGGUGGCUGUGAAUGAAGGAGGCCGCAGCCCCCCGGUCACCCUCCCAGAGCCUGUACUGGUGAAGGAAGUUGCAGAUCGUCCCAAGGUCCGUUUGCCUCGUUUCCUUAGGCAGAGAUACGUCGCUCAUGUUGGGGAUAAGAUCAACCUGACCAUCCCCUUCACAGGUAAACCCAAACCUGAGGUGACCUGGACAAAGAACGGUGCGGCACUGGACCCAAAGAGAGUGAACAUCCGCAGCACCGAAAGAGACAGCAUCCUGUUCAUCCGUGCAGCCGAGAGAGAUGACUCCGGAGUGUAUGAGAUGUGUGUGAAAGUGGAGGGCUUUGAAGACAAGGCCUCACUGACCCUUCAGAUUGUUGAGCUGCCAGGACCUCCUGCCAGUGUGAAGAUCGUUGACACCUGGGGCUUCAAUGUUGCUCUGGAAUGGACUGCACCCAAAGACAAUGGAAACACUGAGAUCACUGGAUAUACAAUCCAGAAGGCUGACAAAAAGACUGGAGAUUGGUUCACUGUGUUGGAGCAUUACCACAGACUGAAUGCCACCAUCUCUGACCUCAUCAUGGGCAACACUUACAAGUUCAGAGUAUUUUCUGAGAACAAGUGUGGAAUGAGCGAGUCAGCUGCUGUUUCAAAGGAAGAGGCCAAGAUCCUGAAGACAGGUAUCGACUACAAGCCUCCUGAAUAUAAGGAACACGACUUCAGUGAAGCACCAAAGUUCACCACGUCUCUGAGCGACAGAGCCACCACUGUUGGAUACAGUACCAAGCUGCUAUGCUCCGUCAGGGGAUUCCCCAAGCCCAAGAUUGAAUGGAUGAAGAACCAGAUGAUUAUCGGAGAUGACCCCAAGUUCAGGCAGAUCUGCGUCCAGGGCAUCUGUUCUCUGGAGAUCAGGAAACCUGGAAACUUUGACGGUGGUGUUUACUCCUGCAGAGCCAUAAAUGAUCAUGGAGAAGCAACCAUCAGCUGCAAGCUGGAUGUCAAACAGCCAGUAAAUCCAGAUGCGGACAAGAAAUAGAUUAACAUCUUCACUAACAGGAUCGGUUGGAUUCCUGGAAGAACUUCUAUCUAUGGCUGGUGAUUCCUUUGCCAACGGGUUUUAGCCUGUGACGUCUUACCGAGUGACAUCUACUAAGAUGAACAAUUUUUGUCAUCGCUUCAUGCCUAGAACAAAAAUAUUAAGUCCACAUCCAUGUCCACAAUUUGUUUUCCACAAGAAUACUCUCAUUAAUAAAUAUUAUCUUAUAACCUCUUCAAACAUUGAGCUACUUAAAGAACUUCCCAGUCUUACUCAAGUGAAUUUACUGUUCACUUGAACAUGUAACAUCUAUGUGUUUAUAUCAAUAAAUAAUUUAAUUUC